UUUGGGAAUUAUAAUUGUCCAUGUGGGACACACACACACCCAGGGGAAGAUCUGCCUGGGACACCCAGUGCCCAGCACGGGAGCCCACACCUCCUGCUUGCAAAGCCCCCUCCAACCUGCAACUAAAGAAAGGAUGUUCCAAGCAGUGGCCUCAUUUCUAUCUUGACCUAAACAGGGUUGGGAGAGCAGGCUAGGGACCUACAGGAGGGCUCAGCCUUGAGAUUGUGCAGCAGACACAACAAGGGGUGGGGACCCCAGCGGGCAGGGGUGGGGCAAAGCAGGUGAUAUCCAGACCAGAGACCAGAGCCUAGCACUCCCUGGGAUUCUCUCCCCAUGGACCGCACCGUGGUGCUCAUCACCGGCUGCUCUUCAGGCAUCGGCCUGCACCUGGCCCUGCGGCUGGCAUCCGACCCAUCUCAGAGCUUCAAAGUGUAUGCCACACUACGGGACCUGAACACACAAGGCCUGCUGUGGGAGGCAGCCCGGUCUCGAAGGUGCCCUCCUGGCUCCCUGGAGACGUUGCAGCUGGACGUGAGGGACGCAGAUUCCAUAGCCGCUGCCCGGGAACGCGUGACUGAGGGCCGCGUGGAUGUGCUGGGGCUGCCUUUCAACGCCGUUUACUGCGCCAGCAAGUUUGCCCUCGAAGGACUAUGCGAGAGUCUGGCUGUUCUGCUGCCGCCCUUCGGCGUCCACGUGAGCAUCAUCGAGUGCGGCCCGGUGCGCACCGCUUUCCAGGAGAAGCUGGAGGGCGGAGCGCUGGACGCGACGGACCCCGAGACCCGCGACCUCUUUAGACGCUACCAGCGCCACUGCGAGCGGAUCUACCGGGAAGCGGCCCAGGACCCGGACGAGGUGACAGAGGUCUUCCUCACCGCGCUGCGCGCCCCGAAGCCCGCCCUGCGCUACUUCAGCACAGAGCGCUUCCUGCCACUGGCGCGUCUACGCCUGGACGACCCCAGCGGCUGCAGCUACGUCGCCGCCAUGCACCGCACAGUGUUCAACGACGAGGCCGCUGAGGGUCCAGAGGGCACCCCUGAGGAGGUCGGAGCCGAAGAGCUGGGGGGUCCCGAGCUCGGUGCUCCUCCUGCCGCCCCUCGGUAAAGGCUUGCUUGGUUCGCUGCAGUCUCCCGCGCUCUCCUUUGCGCCCCUGGGGGUGUGCGAUUCUGAGGGAUAGAACGGGGCUCCUGGCUGCACUGUCCUUGUGCUACAAGUGGCACACGCAGCGGGUAGGUGAUCAGGAAAGAUCGUGUCACCCUCAGUUAUAACUACGAGGAAACCAAAGCCCAGAAAGAGGAAGGGGCCCCAGGGUUACACUUCGAGUACACCACAGGGCAGGGACGAGAGUGGUCCCUGGAUUCCCAAGGGGUGUCUGCAGCAAAAGAAGUUAGACUGGGUGGGGAGAGAGUCUGUUGUGACUUGGCUGCCUCUAGCCAUGGGACCUCAGGCACGUUUCUUACCUGGAGUCUGUUUUUUAAUCUGUAAAAUGGGUAUAAUACCUAUGUCAUGGAUUGUAUUAAAGAUAGAGAGAAUGCAUGAAAGUGCUGCCAUAGAGGUCUUAAUAGCAGACACGACUGUUAUUCCCAUUAGUAGUAUUACUUUUGUAAUUGUAUUCCCAUGCAGAAGACAGAUGUGUAAAUAAGAAACAAGGCUAAGUGAGUCAAAAGGAGGCAGCCCCACUCACUCUUGUCCUUGCCCCGUACCCUAGACAAAACUGUUUGAGAGAUCCCCAACAGCCCAGAAGCCGCUUCUCACUAGGAGGUUUAGCUGAGGCUCCAGGCCUGGCUGGUCUGCCCAAUGUUCUGUCCUUCCUGAAACCAGGGGCAGGAGCCACUGAAAGAGUAGUUGGGGUUGUAGAGUCACAGUCUCCGAGGUAGGGUUGCGGGGGAGAGUGGAGAACAGAUGGAGACUAGGUGAGAAGGUUGUAAGAGGUGGAAAG